GGUGUUUCUAGCUAAACAUUUGCUCAGCAAACAGGAGCUGGGGCGUGCCCGCCAAGCCGCCCGGUCAGAUGUUUGGGUUCUAGCAUAGGUGUAUGAUGGAGGUAUGCGAGGGGCAGCAGGAGGUCCUGAGGGAUCUAAACAAGAGGCUCAGUGGCUUCCUGGAAAAUGCAGCUCAGCUUCAGAAGAUCAACCUGAACCUCCAGGAGGAGCUCACAGCCUGGACGCCGACACCGGAGAGAGACUGGAGCUGGCAGGAGAGGAUGGUGGAGGAGCUACGGGCUCAGAUUAGCUGCAUGCUAAUGGAAAACGCUGAGCUGGCCCUGCGUUCAGAUCACAUUAAGUCCACCGUUCACCAUCUACAGAGCAGAUGUGAGCUGGAGCAGAAGCUGCGUCUCCAACUCGAGCAGCUGAUACCGGAGCUGAGACAGAAGAGGAUGAACCUGGAGCGGGACAACACACUGCUGGAGGAACAGUUACACACGUCCACACUGGAACUACACACCAUGCAGGACGAGCAGGAGAGGGAGUUGUUUGUGCAGCAGCAGCAGGCGGCAGUAGGGGAGGAUGGCAGAGGAAUGGAGCUCCGGCGUUUCGGCCCAGCGCACGGUGACCUCGGAUCAGCUGCACUCACUAAUCGAUCCCCAGGCUUCAGGCCCACAGCGCACGCCAGGCCCGGUCCGAACGGAGACCAACCUCCACAGGUGAGUCACGUGAGUCACAGGGAUGAGGCCUUGCGAGAGGCAAGGGCAGAGCUCACUGAAGUCCGAAAGCAGUGGCACAGUUUACAGGUGGAGGUCGAGUCUCUACAUGCCGUGGAGCGCAGUCUGCAGAGCUCUCUGAAACACACCCAGCGUCAGUACUCGCUGCAGCUGCGGGAUCUGUCGCGCUCGGUGUGUGAGCUGGAGGCCGAGCUGGACGGCGUGCGCGAAGGUCUCGCCGCACAGAAACACCACCACAACCAGCUGCUCAACACCAAGAUGAGGCUGGAGAGAGAGAUCGCCACCUACAGGAGACUGCUAGAGCACGAGGAGGGCAGGUUUUUGAGUGCGGACGGUCAGCCGCGGAAACUGAAGCCCUGGAAACCUUCGAUUCGGCAGAACGGAGUGUGUAAUGGCUUCGGGAACGAAAACGAUGAGAAGCCAGCCAAUCAGGGCCCAGGUCUCCACCGGCAGGGCAGCCUCGUCAUCUUCACAGAGCCCAUAGUGAGCAGAAAUGGGGAAAUUAGCACGGUGAAGACUCAGGAGAUUGUGGAGGGGAACGUAGUGAGUGAAAGCGCAGAGGGACACGGACGAGUCGAAACGGAGAAGAUCGAUAAGGUGAUUAAACAGUGGGAAGGAUCUGUUUUCCAAGGAAACCCAAAGCUGAGGAAGAAAUCCGUGUCUCUGCGCUUCGACCUGCACAUGGCUGCUGCCGAUGAAGGCUGCGCUCAGAGCAAACAGGACAGUUUACCAGACGUGGAGGUUCGGCUGGUGAUGAAACGAUCCCGCAGCAUCCCCUCCAUAACACAGUGACUUCGUAUGGAAAGCCAGUAGGGUCAAAACGAGUGUGCGGCAUGGCGCUAGCACAUGUUUGUUUGUUUUUUUUGAGGAACAUGCUAGAUUUGUCUUGUAAUAAAUUAAUGCGUGGCUUUUAUUUGGCAGGGGAGGGGGGGCUUUAGGGUGCUAAAAUUUUUAUUUUUACUGCUUGUAGCCUUGUCAUCCCAAAGCACUUCCUGGAUCUGUAUGCGAUGACAUUGCUGUGUUUACA